GAGAGGAAUACACGUUAUCUCCAAUUUCAGAAGAAAUCUGUUUAAAUCAAGCACUUCUGGUAAGGGUUUGUAAGCUGACAAUGCACAUAUCCUGUGGUAAUGAUACACCACGAGGUGUAUCGAACGCCCGCACACCUGAGUUUUGUCCUUUGACCCUGUCACAGUUCUGGUAUAGACACGCGACGGACACCGGGAACCUGUCACUUCUGUAACAUCACCGCGGCUUCCGUGACAGCACUAAUAUCCAACUAGACAUGGCUAGCGCGGUACCCCCGGGCAUCAGGAUCCUCCCCAAGGGGUCUUGUGGGGACAGGAAUGUAACGUACAGAGUCUACAUUUUGAUCUUCACUUUCCUGUGUUAUACCUGUUACCACAUGUCCAGAAAACCAAUAAGUGUUGUCAAGAGCGUGUUACACAGGAACUGCUCUAAGGUAACGGAGGAUUCGGGGGUUCAUCACCUUGGCAACGAUACGACCUGGUGUGACUGGAAGCCAUUCGACGGAAGCGAUUACAGUGAGCUGUUCGGGACCCUGGAUCUUGUUUACCUGUUUGCCUACGCUAUCAGUAUGUUCUUCAGUGGACACAUUGCGGAAAGGAUGAGUCUACGGUACUUCCUGUCCGGAGGGAUGAUCAUGAGUGGACUACUGACCGCUGCGUUUGGCAUGGGCUAUUUCUGGAACAUCCACAACUUAGGAUAUUAUAUAGCCAUUCAGGUGGUUGGCGGUAUGUUCCAGUCCACAGGCUGGCCUGCUGUAGUUUCUUGUAUGGGGAACUGGUAUGGUAAGGGCAAGCGCGGUCUGAUCAUGGGCAUCUGGAAUUCUCACACCUCUGUUGGUAAUAUCCUUGGCUCCUUAAUCGCCGGUUCGUUUGUAACUGGUGCAUGGGGCUGGUCCUUUGUUCUUCCCGGCAUCAUUAUCGGAAUUCUCGGUGUCCUCGUCUUCUUCUUACUUGUCCCAGAUCCAGCAGAUGUCGGCUGCAGUCUCCCCGAUCACCAGGGCACUAAUGUGACAUCAAACGAUGAGGACAGAGCGAAGGAACCUGACAUCGAGUCGGAAGAGGUUGAACUGAGGGUGGUGGCAUCUGAUGCUGUAGCUAAGCCGCCUCUCUCCGGGGCAUGUAUUACUAGUGACACCCCAUGGAAUGAGGGUGACCUGGUUGUGUCCGUUAUCACGACUGCCGACAAUCUGCCCAUGUCCCAAAAGGUCAACAUGGAAUACAGCAGUUCAACGAAUUUUGUCAAAAAGAAGGGGCAGCCGGACAAGCCUAUCGGUUUCUUCGCAGCUCUUCGGAUCCCUGGCGUAGUGGAAUUUUCUCUGUGUCUGUUCUUUGCCAAAUUGGUCAGCUAUACCUUUCUCUUCUGGCUACCGAAAUACAUCAGCAGUAAAUCGGACAUUGAUGCUGAGAAGGCUGCAGAUUUGUCAACGUUUUUCGAUGUUGGCGGAAUUUUAGGUGGUAUAACGGCGGGGCUGGUAUCCGACUACACCGGGGCGAGAGCUACCACAUGCGUCAUACAACUAAUGUUAGCGGCACCUGUAAUGUAUAUCUAUAAUCUGUAUGGAAGCAUCGACCUCGCCCACAGUAUAGGACUGUCUAUACUCUGCGGGUUUAUGGUAAAUGGUCCGUACGCCCUGAUCACCACCGCGGUCAGCGCAGAUCUCGGAACGCAUAAAGUCCUACAGGGCAACUCAAAGGCCCUGGCUACAGUCACAGCCAUCAUCGACGGUACUGGAAGUAUAGGUGCUGCUAUUGGUCCAUUGCUGGCGGGUAUAAUCGAGACAACAGGCUGGAACAACGUAUUCUAUAUGCUGAUUGGCUCCGACAUAUUAGCUUUACUGUUGCUUAUACGUCUGUUCGUGAAGGAAGUCUUAGAAAAAGUACGGUCCUAUUAGGUUUCCAUACAUCUCCUGCAGAAAGUCUGGUUCUUGCAUGCGUACAUACAUCUGGUGCAGAAGUCUAUGUCCGUGCAUGCCUACAAACAUCUAGUCCCGUUCCUCGCAUGGCCAUUUAUUCCUAGCUCAGCUUCGGGUGUUUUUAUACAACAUGUGUUCCAACGGACUUCAAGCCUUCUAGUCCACCCGUGGAUUCAUUCUGAGCAUUACGUCUAAACAACCUUAUACAUAUAUGCAUAUCGACACCUUGUUUCUAUUUCUGUCUUGCACGUGACUGUAUCAACUUAAUGUUUCUAAAUCUAGAUCCGGAUAUUCUGUUUUCUAUCAAUGUGAAUAUCUAAAAGUAACAAUGUCAUCAUCAAAAACAUGCAAGAAUGUAUGGGUAUUUGAAAAAUAAAAUGAAUUAGGAAUCUGAU